UGCAAAGCCACGCUUCAUUUAUACUUGAGCUAGCAUUCGAAUCUGUGAUAAGCUUUGCUUCUUUUUUUUUUUUUUUCUGUCUUUGUUGAAAAAUGGUAGGAUCAUCAAAAUGGAGUACUGGUUUUAUUAUGACAACAAUGAUAGUCAUUCUUCUGGGAUUAUUAACAUACGGUGUGAAAGGUGAAGACCCAAUCUUGGCCCAAAAACUGACACUAGCGAUCAUAGGUGGGCCCGCAAGCUAGGUGGCAUGCUUGGUGGAUGGGGAGGAUGGGGCGGUAUGGGUGUUGGCGGCGGCGCCGGCGGAGGAUGGGGCUGGGACUACGGUUCUGGAGGACAUCAUGGUGGUGGAAACGGAGGUGGCGGCGGCUGCUGUAACGGGGGAUAUAAUGGAGGACACGGAGGUGGCGGCGGAAACGGGGGAUAUAAUGGCGGAAACGGCGGUGGUGGAGGCGGGGGCGGGGGCGGGGGCGGAAAUGGUGGUGGGAACGGAGGAUAUAACGGUGGUAGCUGGGGCGGAGGAGGAGGCGGCGGCGGUGGUGGUGGAUGGGGGGGAUAUGGAGGUUGGAUGCCGGCAGGACAACCAUACCAAUGUACGCCACAGAUCGAAUGCCAGAGUUGUCAAGCAUUCAAGCUUUCAUGGCACAAUGAUCACUUCCAAAUCCUCACUGAAAAUGGUAUUCAUCCGGUAGCCGCCUUCUCCUUCCAGCUACACAAGCAAGAAGCAGCGUCGGCUUUGCCACCCCAAUCCUCCGGUGGUGAUCCGGCUGCCUAAACUCCCCGGAACAGCUGAAUUCUAUAAAAUCAGAUGAACUUUCUAGAUUCACUAUGUUUGUGUUUUGGCAUCAGUAGCAAAAUGGUGGAUGUCAUUUAAAGCAAUUAUUGUAUCAACUAUGAAUGUGUAAGUGAUAAAUGAUAUUCCUUUAUUAUACUAAGCUACAAUAGUGUUUUAUUAUGAAAAUUGAAAGAUCAAACCAUGAAUAAAC